CGGAGGCGAGGCUCGAGGCGAUCGCGCGUCGUUAUCGGGACGCGGCGAUUGGAGGUUAGGGGACAAGCUGCGGACGGGAGCCUCUCUCGGCCGUAAGAUCAUCAGGGCAAGAUGGCGCCUGUCGCGAGGAGUACCCAGCGUGCCCCGCGCGAUUGAUUUGCGCAUGUCAGUUGGUCGCAUUGCAAAUGGCGGCACCUUGUUAUUGUUCAUGGCGUUUUAUGACUUGUCUCUUUAUAUUAGCGAUUAUGUCGAGUUUUUUCGCGAUCCCUGCCGCGCGCUGUGUGCCGAGUGUCAAGUAGGGCCCGCGCGGUGUGUUUUAGGUUAAGACCAGUGCCCGGGCGGUGUGCCUCCGUGCUGUGCGGACGCGUGAGAUCCCCGGACAGUGUCGGAAAGAAAUGGGUAAACAAGAUUAGUAGCACCGGUGUGACUUGGGGCUGUCGGUGUACAACUGACACAUCUCGUCAUCACACACACACACACCCACAUAUUGGAGCAAUACCCCGAGGCGUUUCUACACUCUCUGGGUAGUUAUGUGAUUUGUGGUUGUCAUGGCGGCUGACAGUGAUGGUGAUUUGGUUGAGACGGUGGUAACCUGCGAGGGUGACCUCGAAGAUCCAGAGUUUCCUCGAAAGUUCGGGACUAUUGUUGACCAUCUCAAUACUUUGCUUUGCAAAGAGAAGGGAGAUGGCGCUCUGAGAAUAAAUAAGAUAGAACCAUGGAAUUCCGUCAGAGUAACAUUCUCGAUACCCAGAGAAGCUGCUCUGCGGCUUCGAGAGUUAGCGGCUCAGGGUUCUCCGACACUUACACAACUUGGCAUACUCUCAGUACAAGUCGAAGGAGAUCAGGUAAUAUCCUUAAGGAUAGCCAGUGGCUUCGGCGGAGACGCGCAGGAAAUUGUGCUACAUUCUGGAACUACGCAAGAUGGCGGAGCAAAAUCACAAGGAGAUGCUACUAGUAAUACAGCUGUUGCCGACAGUAAUCCCUCGACGGCCCUGCCCGGUCCCAGCAACGCCGCCAGCAUUUCGACGCUGCACAAUGUUGCUCAGCUAAUAACCGGAACAUCGUCGGAGAAAGCUCCUCAGUUUCGUUCUCCGAAUGUAGUCGCGCCCACGGACUGCGAACCUAUUCCACCGUUUCUCGCCAAGUCGGCACAGUCCACGUCGGCGGGGAGUGCUGGCGCUUCCGGAAGUCAGCAAGUAAUCAAUCCCAGUGCAUCGCCCAGGAACAACUACAACGGUCCUUUCCCAUUUGCCAGUAUGACGCACGCUGCCCAAGCAAUACACAGCCGCGAAUCGCAGUCCACAAGCAUCAAGAAUACGAUGCAGUUCAAGCACCACGCGCAGCCGCCGCCCCCGUAUCCAUCUCAAGAAAAUUUGGCGACAGUCACGGCACUGACGACCGGCCACACGACGACGCAGCCGGUCGGCGCCGUUGGACAAUUGACGAAUCAGUACAAGCCCAUGACGAUUGCUACAACAUCUAGUCCGUCACCAAACAGCAGUGCCAAUUUGGCAGGAAGUUCGAACAGUGGCGGAAAUCAGGCCGUGUCCAGCCCGUUGCUCGUGAAUCUCUUGAAAAAUGACGCCAACUCGCACGCGAAUAACGUCAUACCUGGCCAGAAGAUGUUACCGCCGGCUGUUAUCGACAAUCCCGGACUUACCAAUCGCAUGAGACCCACCAAGAAACCUACGGUUAGAAGGAAAGAUCUCCCGUCGCCCAGCGAAUCGCCGCCGAAUUUGGAUACCUUGAGAAGCGAAGACUUGGUCGCGGGAACGGCGACAACGUCGGUCGUUCCCGACAUGUCGCAGACCACUACGCCUUCGGCGUUCGCUACUGUCAACGUCAAUCAACCGUCGACGCUCCCGCCGCAGCAGCAACAUACCGCUGUCAACGUGGUUGGCGCUGGCGCUGUGCAGAAUAUGAUGCCACCGCAAGCGGUGCACCAAGUGCCGGCUGGUGGUCAGAUCCAGCAGCAGCAGCAGCAGCAACAACAACAACAGCAGCAAGCGGCGGCUUUACACAAUCAAGUACAAACGCAGCAAAAGUUUCCCAUUAGGCAAGAUGUGGCUAACAGAACUUCGCAGGUCCAAUUGCAGAAUCAACUCUCGGCCAGGCAUCCGGUGAAUGGACAGCAGAUCAGAACAUCAAUGCAGCAACGGCAGUUGCUGAUUCAACAGCAGCAGCAACAACAGCAACAACAACAGCUCCUUGCGCAACCGCAACAGAUAAAUCAACAGCAAAUUGUCCCGCAACAAAUCCCGGCGGCGCAGUCGACUCAACUGCAGCAGCAGAACGCAAACGCACCGUUGCAAACAGCGUCCCUCAUCAAUCAGUCGAUGUUACAGCAUCAGCAACAACUUCAGCAACAACUGAUACAAUAUUCAGCGAUAGGCUUAAACGUCUCGCAACACCGGCUAGGUUACUUAAAUAGUCAACGUCAACAAACUCCGCCGCCUUACCCUAGGCAACCCGUACUGCAACAGACGCAUUUAAAUCAGCAGAAUCAGGCUCUUGGUGUACAACAGCAGCUGCAUCACAAUCAGGUGAAGAACGUGAACGCGGAUACUAGCGCGAGCACUGAUUUUCGUUACGGGCAGAGCCAGAAUAUCCUUAGUAGAAAUUAUCCGUCUCCCGCAACGAGCAAUGCUAAUGGGACCACGUGGAACGCACAAAGCAAUUCUAUUCCACAAGGUGCUCAAGUCAACACCACACGUCUGUCAGUUUCGAAUCAGGUUUCAGGUGCCUUUCCUCAAUGUGGCUCUCGUAUAAAUAAUUCUACUGCUAGCAUUGCUCCGUCUGUCAACAAGACGGAGAAGACCUCCGAGUCUCCGAAACCGGAAGAGGAGGCCCCGGAGCCGGAGCCGGAGCCAGAGUACACCUCGACCGGGAAGCUACGGCAGUUUCUGAUCAAUCCUCUGACAGGACACUUGGAGCCAAUGCCCAGUGAAAGUUCAGAUUCAGAGCCGGAGAGUGCAGGGGGUAAUCAGGACGAUUUCUUUCCGUCCUUGAACGACCGAUCGAAUUCCAUGUACUCGGACGACGACGCGGACAGCAAUUUCUCAAGAAGAAACGACACGACGACCAACACGGAUCAGUCCGAUUCCGAGACGACGGCCAAGUCUACGGCCAGCGAGGGGAGCUUGAAGCACAGUAGGCUCAAGUCCAGCAGGGAGACCGCGCAUAGCCCGAUGCCGGGAGAGAAAAUCAAACUGCGAUUGAAAUUGGAAAAAUCGGAGCCGGUUACACCGGCUUAUAAGGUUGACGUUUCUUUCGUCAACACGCCGCCCAUGCGGAAAGCCGACAAGUCCGUGAAUAAGAUGUUUGCCGGCGGUGUCCCGAGCGCGGGGACCGGCGACGAACCGCUGCGAGUGCCUCCGUUACACAUUUCUUUAAGAGGACGUAACGCUUCAGUAGUACAAAGAGAAAAAGUUAAGAAGUCGCUAAAGGAGAGCGAGGGUGAUGCGAUUAAGAGGAGGGGCAAAUUGAAGAAGAUGAAGGAAUGCAUCGAUGGGAACAAGUUGUUGCAGAAGAAAUCGUUGAACAUGAUUAUCGGCACUUCGUCCGCAUCGAAAUUACCUUUGUCUACUUCCACGAUAAACAAUGCCAUUUGCAAAGGCAAUAACAUAUUGCAAGCCGCUGCAGCCAAAUCCAAUGCCUUAAAACAAGAUGUACCGAUGGACGCUGUGCGAUUACAAACUGGUACCACCACUAAACCAAGUUCGAGUAAAAAUAGCGACGUGGACGACAUACCGUUGAACAGUAGAAUACCGUCUCCUUCGAAGCACAAAUCUGCGAUCGCGAAUCAAUCUCUAAAUACUCCGCAAACUUUAACCAAGACUCAAGUGGAUCUCGACGCACCGAACCACAUGCAGGAACAUAAAAUCGGAGGAGGUAAAACGAAGAGAAGGGAUUCUAAGAAGAAGGCAGAAUCCGGGGAUGGUUUACAUCGAGAACAAAAUCUGCUGUCGGGAGGUCGAAUUUUAGAUAGUCAGGUGAAAUGGAAGAAGAUCAGCUACAAGGCCGAUGCAACUAAUACAAUAAGAAAACCGGAUUCACUUUUAACCGGAAGUGGCUUUAGUACAAUCAAGAAAGUUGGCGAGAUGCGAAGGACAAGCGACAGCGACAUCAAUAAGUCAGCCAUUGAGAAAAGCAAUUCAUUGAGCAGCGUUGCUUCAAAAUUAACGGAGCUUAAUGGUGUGAAGAAGGACUUGAUGACCCAAGACAAGAGAAGACGGUUGAGCUUGAUGGAUGAGAAAGAUCUGCAUUUAGGAGAAUCUCCGAAUACAGAAGUUACACAUUUCAAUAGUCAGAAGGCUUCUGAAAGUUGUACGAACGCGGUACCGAGUAUAAAAGCAAACGCCAGUCUAUCCUUCGAGAGUGAUUCUGGAUUAAAAUCAACAAAUUCGUCGGGCGUGCAGCAGGGCGACGCUAGAAAUCCAUCGAACAAUCCCGAGACCAAGAUACCUGUGCACGUGGAGACGACGACGAAGAAUUCUCAACCACCUGUGGCCAGGAUGCUCACCACUAAGAGUAAAUCCGACAUGGGGAAUUAUAUCACUGUUAAGAGUCAGAACAUAGGUCAGAAGCUGAAGAAUCAUAUGAUUGUCAAGAGCGAGGCGAAUUGCGUCAUAAACAGGCACAGCAAGACGGUCGAGCAGUUGAGCUUCAGCCACAAAAAGAUAAUUCAGAAUCAUGUGAAGCAGGUGGACAAACCGGCGGUGGAGAGCAAGCUGGACGGGGCGCCGCAAAGGAUCAGCCUGCUGAAGACCACGCCCGGCUCGGUGAUGGGCAACUCGAUAGAUCAAGUUGCCAGGUCGCAGAGCGUUGAGGUGCCCGCGAGCAAACCGACCCUGCCCAUCGGCGAGAUAAACGUGACCGAGGCGAAGGUGAAGCAGAAGCUGCUGGAGAGCACGGCAGUGCCGCCGAUCGGGAUUGGCGUCGACUCGGCGAACAUGGAGAGAGUCGGUAGCGGCGGCGGUGGCGAGGAUUCGGGCAUCGAGUCGAUGGACGCUCUUUCGGAGAAGUCGCCGAACCAGGGGGAGUCUCCGCUACACAGGCCUGCAUCGGCGACCGAGUCGGUGACGCAGAGCGGCGCCAAGAGUGUAAUACAGGGGGAGCCCUCUAUCAUCCCUCUAUCAACCACCAAUAAGAACGUGCCUUCCUCAACUAGUAGUAGUGAUAUGUGUUCAAAUUCCCAUUCGGAACUUGUCAAGUCCAGUGGCCCACAAAGAUUAAGUCCUGUGUCCGUAACGAAUUAUUUUGAGAGUCAGUUGAAUCGCAAUAUAUCAAACUCCAGUGAGCACGACGCGAAGAACGUGUCCGGCGAGAAGUCGUCGUCGGCGGUUCCGACGAGAACUGGCGGUGGACACAGUGAUUUGGUUGCUAGUUUAGACACAGCGAAUAAUGACAAAAGUACGCCCAGUCCCCUGGUGACGGGCACAGUGACUGUUGUGACAGCGUCUAUAACCAGCAGUAUCAAUAGUGAUAAUAACUUAUUGCAAUGUGCACAUCAGCAAGCAAAGGACUUGUCCGAUAAGGACAGCUGUAGCGUUAAAUUAGAGGGUACUGUUAACCAAAACGAUCAGGGUAAGGCAAACUCUAAGCACGAGGAGUCGAGGGGAGCUGCGGAGAGCGCGUCUGAGGAUAGCACGAAAGCGGUUGUAGAAAGUAACAGUGCAAUUAGACUAAGUGACGAACCUCACGGACAGAAUAAUAAUAAUAAUAUUAAUAAUAAUAAUGGUGUGCCUAUAAUACAAAAUCACGUUGCUUAUAAUAAAGUUGAAACUGUAAAGCUCGAUAGUGAGGUCGCGAACAAUGCUGACGGCCCGGCGACGGAUAAUUCUUGCUCGAACGGUGAGAGUUGCAAUUCAGAAAUCAAAGUAGAAUCUAAAAUUAACGUAAAGGUGGACGACACCAGGCAGAUCGAUCGGUUCGAGGUCUCGAAAGGCAGCAGCGUUCCGCCGCUGAACGCGACGUCGGUCAAGCUGGAGACGUGCGCCGCUGAACAGAACCAGAAGUACAACGUACAAAGCCACCAGCCAGUCACGCUCAAAGAGCCCUCUGUUAAUCUUCAAAAGGUGACGGACGAUUUGGUGAAGAAGAUGGUUAACGAUACGAGCGAUCUGAGCGCGGGCAUCCAGUCGCCCCUCGGCGAAGAUCCGCAACCGAUCAGGAUCACGCCGCCCCUGUACACCUACUCGAAUCCCGUGGUGCUGCAGCGGGACGAGACCCCGAGCCCGGCGGCGCAGAAUCCCGAGGUGGACUCGAGCGACGUCGAGCACCUCAAGCGUAAACGCAGGCGGAAGCAGGAGCUCGAGGGUCGGCAGGACGUGAUAUGCAUCGAGGACAACGAUGAGGGCCACUUUGUCGACAGGUUCAACUCCAACAGCUCGGAGGAGAGUGGCAGGAAGCCGGCCAAGUCGUUGCUGGAGCAGCUGCUGAUCGACAUCCCGAACGACAGUAACGAGAAAAGAUCGCUGAGGACCAGAUCGCAGAAGUUGAACAGUCCGGAUAUCGCCAAGACUCCGAAGAGCAGCCCUCACGGUCCUAACAAGUUAGAGGAGCGCCGUAGUAUAUCGCCCUACGCGAAAGCAAGUCCAAAACUGGCAGUAUCGAAACUGUCUCCUAACGCGACAAUAAAAAUAGGAAAACGGAAAAGGCAAGAGAGCGAGAGUUCCGUUGCGUCGAGCACAGCCGAUGAUCCACAGCCGAGACCAGGUAAACGGAAAUGCUCAGAGAAUGCUGCAGAACUUAUUAAAGCUUGCAUGGGUGUAGAAGAGACUGGUUCUAUAAAGAAACAAGUACCUGGCAAGGAAGAGCAAUCAAAGAAGGGGUUCAACAUAUUGGCAAAGGCUAAGAAAGGUCCCAUUGUGGUAGAAGUAGAUUCGUCUGAUGACGAACCGUUGAUUGAAUCUGUAGGAAAAGCAAGAGUACGAUUGUCAGACGAAACACCCGCUGCUUCCCCAAAGCCCAAAGAUCAAAAUAAUAGAGUGCAAAGAGAGGGCCGUUUGUUAACCACCAAGCAACCGAGUAUGGCAACUGUGAUGACGGCGACGGCGACGGUGACGGCGACGACGACAGCGACGGCAACAGCGACGACGACGACGGCGGCGAUAACAACGACGUUAACGACGACGACGGCGACGGCGACGUUGACGACGACGGUAACGACGACGCCGACGAUCGCGACGAUCACGACGACCGCGAGCGCGAGCGCGAACGCGACUACGGUGGCGGUGGCGACGGUGGCAACGGCAGCGGCGGCAGUUACUGUUGGAAAGGAGAGAUUACGGGGCACUUCCGUAUCCAGCAACGAGUCUGUGGGCGAAGUAACGACACGAAGGUCUGUACGGCAGAAUACAGCUUCACCUCUAGCUACACCGGCGAGCAACACUAGGGGCGCGUCUAAAUCCUCGGACGAUGUCAACAGGAGGAAAACUCGUAGUGGUGCUGCGGGAAAACAUUGUUUUAGUAACGGCGGAGACGGCGGAGCAGGCGAAACGGAGGCGAAUAUCCCGAGAAAACAAAUGACCUUCGGGAAGUGACCUUGACAGUGAUUAGCUACCGCUCGUCAAGGCCUAUCUGUCUGAUUGUAAAUCCGACAUAAACGGGUAUUUGAUCGCCGUGUGGCUGGAUCCCACCUGGUGAAACUGCGUCAAACUAGCGCACAACGUUGCUGUAUAUGUAACGGGAGUAAUUGUAUUAAAAAGAGACGCUGGACGGUGUGAAAGCAUUUCAUGUUGCAAACCAUUCGUUGACCUACCAUUAAAUUAAUUGUGCGUGAAAAGCUGACGUCUAUUCAGAUUUUCAUGUCUUUCCUUGUCUCUUUUUCUUUCUUCGUCCGUUUCUUUUUCUCUACUAAGGCAUAGAUUUUAAGGUUCAUUGUUGCAAGUUUGGAAUAGCGCAUUGUUUGAAAAGUUGGUUUUGUACGUUUAGUAAACUAUUCAUUAUUAUUUGUUACGACCUUAAAUGUUUAAGAAUAGCGCGUGCAAAGGACAAACUAAACGGUCUGGUUUGAUAAUCUUUUCACCGUCUAGCGUUCUCGUUUAUGCUGUACUCCUGUAAACAGCAAAGUUUAGUUACUCAGAUAUGACUUGCUCAAAUGCAUCACACUACGAUCUAAGUAACUGAACUAAUCCAAAACUGCCGAGAUAUUGUAUGUAACUUUCUUUUAUCAGUCAAAUGUUUCAGUGUACGUACUAAAUUUCAUUCUUGAAUGUGCAAUUUUCUAACAAUUUCACUAGAUAUAACAGAUGAAAAUCUAGCUUUAUAGAGAUUUAAGAAAAUUUAAGAGAGCAAAUUAUAUUUAUGUUUCGGAAAAUCAUCUCUCAUAUAAUUCCUUUCGUUCAUUGUAUCAGUACAAAGUGCUAACGGUAAAAGAAAGUCCAAAUUUUUAAGGCAUUAAAAAAACGCGAAUCCGAUUGUACUGCCGUAAGUAAAAAAAAAGAAAAGCAUUUACCGUGGACAAAUUAAUUAACUGGUGGAGCUUAUAUCGCUACUCUGACGACUUUGCUGAUAGACUCUGUUUAGACAAUGUCUCUGUUUGUGUAUACAUAUUUAUUUAUUGUGUGUCAUCUCUAUUUGUUACGAAAGUUUUCUGUAUAUACAUGUAGGUAAAGUGCACAUAUAUAUACAUAUAUACAUACAUAAAAUAACGAUAUAUGAAUUUUUCGCACGAAUUAGUUUCUGCCAUAUGCUGUAAGCUCCACGCCAAGACACAAAGCAGUAACGCUUUCGUACUUAUCUAUGCGAAAGAUGAAAAUGUUUUUGAGACGUUUGUCUGAUACUCGGACAAUUAUACCACAGCUACAUCGUAAAUACUGGGAAUAAUAAAUUUACGCAUGAUUAUAAGGACAA